AAAAUAUACUUUAGAUCCCCUCACAAUAAAAAUAAAGAGAUAGGAAAGAAUAAUAAAAAGAAAAAAAGAAAAGAAGCAAUACCAACUUCACAUAUUACUUCUUCUUACAGUCCAUUUUUUAAAAAAUUAAUCCAUCUUCUCAAAUUCAAUUUUUUUCCCCACUUGUAUAUUCCUUCAAAUUUCAUAAGUCCAUUUCUCAAAUUACAGUCCAUCUUCUUGAACUCAAAUUUUCAUCACUUAUAUAUUUCUUCAAUUGCCAUAACAUUUAAUGUCCGUUCUUCUUACAAUCCAUUUUAAAAAUUAGUCCAUCUUCUAAAAUUCAAAUUUUUUCACCCACUUGUAUAUUCCUUCAAAUUUCAUAAAUCCAUUUCUUAAAUUACAAUCCAGCUUCUCAAAUUCAAAUUUUCAUCACUUAUAUAUUUCUUCAAUUGUCAUAACAUUUAAUGUCCAAUCUUCCCAUACUACUCCAUCAAUCAAAUAUCAUUUCGAAUAAAAUCUCUCAAAUACAAUAUUUCCAGCUUAACUUCAUAACUUUUACUAUCUAUAAACGUGUCAAUUAAAACAAAUAAUCAUUUAAACUACAUCCACAAUAUAACAGUAAACAAUUAAAAUCAUUACAUCCACAUUAUCUAAAUUCAUAAAUUUUACUUUCCAUCCUUCACAAUUAAAUAAUAUCAUCCCAUAGAUUUAUACCAUACAAAUAGCAAAUAACAAAAAUCCUAUAAUUUAUAUCCUAAACAAAUCAAUUCCAAAGAUUAACCAUAAUCAUCAUAUUCACAUCUUAAACAUUCCUCCCCUCUCCCAUUCUAUUUUCCAUCAUUUCCAAACCAAUUAGCAUCUAACAACAAAGGGUUCCCACUCUUUAAAACAUUAAUAUAAAAAUGUCUCGCUUUCAUAACUGAAUUAAGAAAAUACUUUCUGCCUCUAAAACAAACCCAUUGGAACUUCCCAUCUAAAAUAUAUCUGAUGUUAUCCACUAAACAUCAGAUCCACUAAAAAAGCAAAUUCUCUUCUCUUUCUUAACAUUUUAGGAGGAAUUUCCUUCAUCAUUUUUAUAUCUUGUCCCAAUAUUUGAAAUUUAUUUUUAUAAAAGGCUUGCAAAAUUUCAUACCUAAUCUUUUUAGUUGUAAAAUAAAUAACCACAUCCCUCGGUACUCUAUUUUGUCUUGCCCACCAAGAAUUAACACAAUAAAUUCUUUCAAUAUUAAUCUCAAAAUCUUCUGGCUCCACACCCUUUAUCUUAGCAAAGCCUUGCGUAAAAAUCUCUUUUAAAUUUUUCCUUCCUACUUUGCUUCAAACCCCUCACCCUUAUAGCAUAUUCCAUUAAUCUAUAUUGUAAUAUUACUCUUUCUUCAUCUGCCCUAUUUACCUUUGCCUGUAUAUCUUCCAUCUUAUUAUCUAAGUUCCAAUUGUUUUGAUUCUUUUGAAUUUCCUCUAUUUUCCUUUGCAACUCUAAAUUAGUUUUAUUAAUUUCUUCAAGAUCAUCUUCCAUCUGAAUACAAGAGCUUAAUAUUUGCGCAAUUGCAUCCUUUACCAUUUUCAUUUCCCUCUUCUGCUCUUCCACCACUUCCUUAAAAUCCAACAUCUCUUUCUCUAUUUCAUCAAAUUUUUGAUCUAUUUCUAAAAAAUGACUGUCCAAAAACUCCUGUAAAAAUUUCUUAAUUCCUUUUUGAUUUCUUCUUUUAAUUUUUGAAUCUGAACUGAAGAAGUUUCAAAGUUUUUAGUGACUUUUGGUACUAUUUGCUUGAAAGCCAUUUUUUAAAAAUAUAACCUAAUAACGGACCAAAAAAAAUUAAAAAAGAAAAAUUCAAAAAACUUUUCUUCUAAAUCACUAUAAUCCCAAAGAAGAGGAAAAAAUAUAAAUCAUAAAAUUCUCAUUUCUUCCAUUUAGUCAGUAUCUUUCUAUAUAUCUUUUAAUUCGACACUAGCUGUUAAUAAGCAUUUCUUUAACUUUCGUUUCCAGUACACACAUUCCACAAAAUAAGGACUCAGGGCGGCGUACAGUCAAAUUAAAACAAUUCAAUAUACAAAAUUAAAACAACAGUUAAAAUACAUAUUCUAUAAGCGGCCAAGAAUUAAAACCGUCGAAUUGACCCAUAAUAAAAUACCCCCAUUAAAAUUAUUAAAAAUUCAAAAAAAAAAAUUUAAAAGUUUAAAAAUCAAGCCAGUCCCGCUUGGAUAAACAAAUACGUUUUCAGUUCAUGGCGAAAGGUCCGAAGGUCAGGUAAUUGGCAAAAACCGGGGGGAAGUUCGUUCCAGAGAGUAGGUGCUCCAACAGAGAAGGCCCUUCCCCUGGGGGCCACCAGCCGACAUUGCUUGGCGGACGGCGCCCUGAGAAGACCCUCUCUGUGUGAGCGUAUGGGUCGGUGGGAGGCAUAAGGUAACAUGUAAGUACCUGGGCCUAAGCCACGGUCCCGUAAGUACCUGGGCCUAAGCCAUGGAGCGCUUUAAAGGUGGUAACCAACACCUUGAAGCGCAACCGAAAGACCACAGGUAGCCAGUGCAGACUGUGCAGGAGCGGUGUUACCCGGGAGCAACAUGUGGCUCCCUCAAUCACCCGCACAGCUGCAUUUUGAAUUAACUGGAGCCUCCGAGUGGACUUCAGGGGUAGCCCCAUGUAGAGAGCAUUGCAAUAAUCUAGACGAGAAGUGACGAGAGCAUGAGUGACCAUGCAUAAGGCAUCCCAGUCAAGAAAGGGGCGCAACUGGUGAACCAGGCGGACCUGGUAAAAGGCUUUCCUGGAGACGGCCGCCAACUGAUCUUCAAACGACAGCCGUCCAUCUAGGAGAACGCCCAAGUUGCGCACCCUUUCUGUUGGGGCCAAUGACUCGCCCCAACAGUCAGCUGCGGUUGCAGCUGACUGUACCGGGGUGCCGGCAUCCACAGCCACUCUGUACACUGUAAGCCGCCCUGAGUCUUUGGAGAAGGGUGGGAUAUAAAUGUAAAUAAAUAAAUAAGAAAAUAGACAUUCUAUUCUGGGGCUCACAUGUCAAUUAGAAAAAUCUAUAAAUGCUACUGCUGCAAUUGUUCGAGAUUUGCAAAAUGAAAUUGAACUAAAUCAAGAUAUACUUCAGCAACGUUUUGCUAUAGACUAUUUGUUAGCUCGUCAAGGUGGAUUUUGAAAUUUGGUUGGUCAACGUGCUUGUGCUGUGCAUUUUCAUUCGCUUAAUAAAACUAUUGAGGAUGAAUUAGCUAAUAUGCAAACUUACGUAGGUCCUUCCGAAAUCCUUUUUUAAAAUGGUAGAGGAAAUGAACUUAAAAGAUGCAUGGAGAGAAAGAAACCAGGAAAAUAGACAAUAUACUUUUUACUCAAACAGACAUUUAUCUUGGUCCAAAAUAGAUGUGAUAUGGAUGACAACGGAACUGACCUUCAAUAUUAUUAUUAUUAUUAUUAUUAUUAUUAUUAUUAUUAUUAUUAUUAUUAUUAUUAUUAUUAUUAUUAUUAUUAUUAUUAUUAUUUAUAUUUGUAUACCGCCCUUCUCCCGAAGGACUCAGGGCGGUUCACAGCCACUAAAAACAACAGAAAACAUAUAAUACAUAUAAAACAGCUAAAAACAGUAUAGAAAACUUAUUCAAUUGAUGGCUUAAAACUUUUAAAUACAAAUUUAAAACCCCGUUUAAAACCCCUGAUUUAAACCCCCAAUUUAAAACUAUGUUCACGCUAGUCCGGCUCGUCGAAACAACAACGUCUUCAGCUCGCGGCGGAAGGUCCGGAGGUCGGGGAGUUGACGAAGCCCCGGAGGAAGCUCGUUCCAGAGGGUAGGAGCCCCCACAGAGAAGGCCCUCCCCCUGGAGAUCGCCAGCCGACAUUGUUUAGCAGACGGUAUCUGGAAGAGGCCCUCUCUGUGAGAGCGCACUGAUCAGUGAGAGGCUACUGGUGGCAGUAGGCGGUCCCGUAAAUAUCCCGGCCCUAAGCCAUGGAGCGCUUUAAAGGUGAUAACAAGUAUAUAGACAUAUAUCUCCUCUAAAAGUAAUAUAGAAAAGUAAUAUAGAAAAGAUUGAUAUAGAAACCAAUACCUAGCUCCAUGACAAUGAUAUGGAAAGGACAAAGGAGAAGAUCUAGAUGGACUUUAAAUACUACGGUUUUAAAAGAUAAAGAAUUUGUACAAAAAAUGGAGAAAGAAUUGGCCUUUUUCUAUAGGGAAAAUAAAAAGGAGGAUACAUCAGCUCAAAAUCGUUGAGAUACAAUGAAGGCUUACGCAAGAGGCUUGAUGAUAGACUAUGUAAGGAAAAGAAAUUUUUUAAAAAGGCAAGCCCUUAAGAUAUUAGAAAAUAGGCACAAAAAUUUAGAACAAGACUUACAAAAAUCUCCAAGGGGGAAAGAUAAAAUUAGUGGAUAAUCAAGGUCAGAUUAAAUAUGGGAAUGAAAAGAAGAAAGAAAUUGUGCAAAAUUAUUAUAGAGAAUUAUAUGAACAGGAGAGUAUUGAUGAGGGAAACAUUAAACAUUACCUACAGAAAGCAAACUUACAUCAGAUCCGUAAAGAUACUGAAAUGAUUUUGGAAGGAAAUAUAACAAUGAUGAAACUAAUGCAAGCACUUAAAAAAAAAAAAAAUUGGAAAGCGCCUGGACCAGAUGGAUUGCCAGCUGAAUACUAUAUGACAAUUCAAGAACAACUGAGUCUUCCACUAUUGGAGAUCAUGAAUGAAGUGAUAUUAAAGAAGAAAAUACCCAAGACAUGGACAGAUGCAUAUAUUACACUUAUUCCAAAAGAGGACACGGAUUUACAACAAUUUAAAAACUAUAGACCUAUAUCCUUGUUAAAUUCAGAUUAUAAAAUUUUUGCCUUAAUACUGGCAGAAAGACUGAAAAGAUAUUUGAGUGAAUUUAUACAUUCUGAUGUAUAAUCCAUAUACAUUCUAUAUGGAUUUCUGACAUAUUAAAAACAAUAUGAGGAUAAUACUGGAUACCCUAGAAUACUAUGAGGCCCACCGGGAAAAGCAGAUGGUGUUGAUCCUUCUUGAUGCACAAAAAGCUUUUGAUAACAUCAAUUGGUGAUUUAUGCUUUUACAAUUGGAACAGAUGGGUUUGGUGAAAAGUUUAUUAAGGCAAUAGAAGCUACAUAUCACAAACAAUCAGCUAAAGUAAUGAUGAAUGGCAAAUUGACAAAACCCAUUCAAAUUAAAAAAGGAACAAGACAAGGUUGCCUGCUGUCACCCCUGCUAUUUGUAUUAAUAUUGGAAGCUUUAAACAGAAAUAUUAGAGAGGAAAAAGAAAUAAAAGGCAUGAAAAUUCAAAAAGAAGAAUAUAAAUUACAAGCAUUUGCUGAUGAUUUGGUUUUUAUCAUUGAGGAUCCACUAGAAUCAAUAAUGAUCUUGAUAGAUAAAAUAGGAAAAUUUGGAAAAGUAGCAGGUUUGAAAAUAAUAAAGAUAAAAUGAAGAUCUUAAUAAAAAAUAUGUUAAUGAAGCAAAAAAUUGAACUAGUAGAAAGAUCAGAAAUGCAGUUAAAUUCUUGGGGAUCUUUCUGACUGCAAGAUGUAGCACGUUGAAAGAGAAUAAUUAUAGUAGACUCAAACAGCAGGUUGUGUCAGAUUUGGCAAAAUGGGAGAAUUUGCAGUUAUCAUUGAUUGGAAGAAUAUCAACUAUUAAGGUGAAUAUAUUACCCAGAAUAUUAUACUUAUUCCAGCAAUCCCAAUUAGAUUGGGGAAAUGAUAUUUUGAGGAACUGAAUAAAAUAAUUCUGAAAUAUGUUUGGCAAGGUAAAAAAGCAAGGGUAAAGUUAAAGCUUUUGCAAGACUUGAGAACAAGAAGGGGUUUUGGACUACCCACUGGAAACUAUACUAUCAAGCUGCAAAUUUAAUGUGGAUUAAGAAAUGGAUAACCAUAAGGAAUAAUAGAAUACUGACUUUGGAAGGUCACGAUUUGCUAUUGGGAUGGCACGCUUUCUUAUGGUAUGGGCAAGCCAAGACACAGCAUUAUUUUAGAAGACAUUUUAUAAGAGAGGCUUUGUUAUUAAACUGGGAGAGGAUUAAGAAAAAUCAUUUUUUAAAAAUACCAGUCUGGGUAUCAACUAUUGAGGCAUUCUCAUAUUCAAUAACAUUCAGAAAGGAACAAAUUGUUAAAUAAAAAGAAUUGCUAAAUGAAAAGGGUGAAUUAAAAACUAUGCAGGAAUUAGAAACAGAAGGUAUAAAAAUGAAUUGGUUUUCUUAUUCGCAAAUACACUCCAGGUAUGAUAAAGAUUCCAAAACAGAAGGCUUUUAUAAUAAUUUGACUAGUAUUGAUAAGAUUUUUUAAAAUUUUUCUUCCUUUUUUUCCCAAUUUUUUUUAAUUUUCCAUAAUAUUUCCAACAAUUUAACCAGUUUACAAUACAUUCAAUUAUCCAACAUUUAUUCCUCCCCAUAAAUUGUACUCAAUCGGGCCUGCCCAGUCACCACUCCCUUCCUUAAACCUUUCUACCCUUCUCUACCUUCUUUUACUUUCUCCACCUUCCUCCGCCUCACUUUCCUACUUCCUCUCCUCCUUCCCACUUCUUACUUCCACCCUUUCUGACCCUCUUACUUCCCUUCCUUCUUCUCCCCCUACUACCUACCUAUCUACAUUCUUCCUUCUCUCUUCUCCUUUUUCCCUACCCUUUCCCUUCUGGAGUGGUUGCUGAGCAGGCCCGAUUUUACACCAUUCCAACUUAAUUAAUUCUUCAAUUAUUCAUGUACAUUGGCAAUCAAUCAAUUUAUAAUCUUCCCCCUUCCCCUCCUUUCCCCUUCCCCCCAAGACUUCCCAGAACAAGAUACAGGGUAUUAUAUCUAAUAAAUAUAGUCUAAAAUAUAACAUAAGACAUAAUCCUCAAUCCCUUCACAAUGUCCCACUAUCAAUUCCCUUCUUUCUUAAAUUUACUAAUACAAAACAAAUCCUAACUUCACUCAAAAGCUAAUUGGUAUUUUUUAAUCUGAUACUUAUUUUGAAUAUAAUCAAUCCACUUUCUCCAUUCCAAAAUAUAUUUUUCUUGUGAAUAGUCUUUCAAGUAGGCAGAAAUUUUUGCCAUUUCUGCUAAAUUGGAUACUUUACUAGUCCAUUCUCCAAUUGUAGGUAAGUCUUCUUUCUUCCAAUAUUGUGCAAUCAAUAAUCUCGCAGCAGUUAUUAAAUUCAAAAUCAAUUUAGUCUCUAUAACUGUACAGUCUGAAAUUAUUCCUAAUAAAAAAAACUGUGGAGUAAACUUAAUCUUCUUUUUCAAAAUAUUCUGCAUAAUCCACCAUAUUUUAAUCCAAAAAGCUUUAAUUUUUUUACAGGUCCAUCAUAUAUGAUAAUAAAUAGCAUCCUCACAAUCACAUCUCCAUUUUGCUUUCACAUUUGUAUACAUACACGACAAUUUUUUCGGAUCUAAAUGCCACCUAUAAAACAUGCCCCCUAUAAAACAUUUUAUAAAAAUUUUCUCUUAGAUUUUGUGCUUGUGUAAAUUUAACAUUCCUCACCCAAAUUUUUUCCCUUGUGUCUAGCAUUAUUGGUUGUUGAAAAUUUUGUGCCCAUCUUACCAUACAAUCUUUAACCAACUCUGUUUCUGAAUCAAUUUCUACCAAUACAUUAUAUAGUCUCUUUAUAUGCUGUUGACCUUGGUCUUUUAUUUGUUUUACCAAAUUAUCAUCACUUUGCCUAAUACCAAUUUUCUGAUCUAUUUUCCAUCUAGUUUGCAGUUGUCCAUACUGAAACCAUGUAUAAUUCCUCCCUUCUUCCCUUAAUUUCUCCCUAGAUUUUAAUUGUAAUUCCCCCUUCUCCAUUAUCAAAAGCUCUUUAUAAGUAAUAAACUCCACUUUUUGAAAUAUAUUUAUAUUCUCUAUCAUAUGUCUGGGGAUUGCCCAUAUUGGUAUCUUACCAUCUAACUUAUAUUGGUAUUUUUUCCAAACCCUCAACAAAGCACUUCUAACCAUAUUAUCUUAAAUGUCUUAUCAAUUUUCUUGUCAUAUAAUAUAUAUGCAUGCCAACCAUAUAACAAACCAUAAUCUUCUAUAUUCAAAACCCUUUCCUCUGUUAAAUUAAUCCAAUCAGAAAUUAAAGAUAAGGCAACUGCUUCAUAAUACAAUUUCAAAUUAGGCAUUUUUAAACCCCCUCUUUCCCUAAAAUCUUGCAUUAUUUUUAACUUUAUUCUCGGUUUUUUACCCUUCCACACAAAUUUACUAAUCCCUUUUUGUGCCCGGGGGGCGUGGCCAUGACCGUGGUGGGGUAAGGACCUUUCCUUCACUUCACAGGGCUUAUUAAUGAAGAUUUAUGAGGAUUUAUGCUGUUCGGAAUGCACCGUUAUGGAUGAAAGUUAAUAAAUCAUGAAGUGAAAGUGUUAAUAGCCCAGCAGACUGAAUUUAAAACUGCUAUGUAUAGUGGGAUUUGCAUCUUCCUGUUCCUGGCUACGUUGUCCCCGAACUCCUUGGGACAGCAAACAUCUGGAUCUCACCAUGCAAUGACAACUCUCGAGCAGAGCUUGGUAGAAAAUCACCGACAUGCCCGUAUUCCAACCUCAGGGAAACCUGUCCAGCUGGUAGAUGGCAGCAUUGACCAAAAGGCUAACCUUGGAGCUCUGUUAGCCAAAUAUCUCCAGCAAGCCCGAAGAGGUUCUACUGGAAAGGUCUCCGUAAUGGGGUUAGAGAAUUUUGACCCUACCCACAGGAUAAGAGAUAGAGACUACAUGGGCUGGAUGGAUUUUGGACGUCGCAGUGCUGAAGAAUUUGAAUAUUCCUCUUAAAAUUGCACAAUUCAAGUCCUUGUACAGAAAUAUGAUUUUCUGUACAAAAAAUGUUGGCAUCCUUUACAAACUAAUGUUUAAAAGAUAUAUAUUUGGUGUAAAUUUGUCUGUAAAACUAUACAAUAUAUAUUUUGCAAAUAUACACAGAAUUUUCAAGAAUGUGGAUAUAUCAGAAGUAUUUUAUUCAUUUCUUAAUAAUUUUAUCUUUGCAAAUGUUGCUAUCCCUUUCUAAAAAAUGUUUGCAAUUUAACACAUGGACCAUUUAUUAAUUUGAACUAUGUAUGUGUUAAAUAAGAAAAAUAUGCAUGAGUCAGAUUCAGAUAUACUCAAUAGUAGUAUUAUUGUAAUCAGUGAGACUUAAAUUUGUCAUGAUCAGUUGAAUUGACUACAAUGAGUCGUCUCUACAUAUGACUAAAUCUUAAUUUUAUUCUACUUGUCUAAAUAGUAACACUAUAGAAAAGACAUUAUGCCAGGAAAUUUACAGUAAAUUUAGUCAAAUAAUUUUCUAGGCAUGUUAUGGCCUCUAGUUAUUAGAUCAUGUGCUGUAAAUGUGAAAAUUCUGAUAAAAAUAUUCAUACUAGAAUAAACAGAACUUUCCUUGCUUUGUGGCUCUGUAUCUGCUUUGC